UAAAAAACUAAUAAUUGUGCUUUUUUAACAUUUUCACAACUUGUACAAAUUUUGUAGUUUUUCAGAUGAAUUAGGUGCUUGAAAAGCGUAUAAAACUAUUUAUUAGUGAUUUUGGUGUUUUUGUUUUGACUGCUGAGUCAUAACUUAACCUCAUCAUUUGACAGAUGUCAAGUCAAGACUCCAAAAUUCACAAUUAAAUGAUUCAUUGUAAUGAUUAGAGAAAAAUUCUAGUGAACACCCUAGCACCUUCUAGAAUAUUAAAUUUAGUAUUUAGUGACAGCUUCAAGUAUAGUUCACGCAGUUGAAACAUUCCCCAGCACCAUGGAGUUUCCAGAUGUUGGAAAACACUGUUCAGAACCGAAUUGCAACAAGUUAGAUUUUCUUCCAAUCAAAUGUGAUGUUUGUUCAGAAAUAUUUUGCGACGAGCACUACUCGUACAUCAGACAUAACUGCGCUAACGCUUAUCAAAAAGACAACCAAGUGCCUGUUUGCCCAUUAUGCAAUAAACCCAUCCCUGUACCACAAGGCCAACAACCAGAUUUCGUUGUUGGUGCCCACAUAGACAAUGACUGUCAAUCAGAUCCAGCAAAGAACAAACGAAAAGUUUUUACAAACAAGUGUUCAAUGAAAGGGUGCAAAAUCAAAGAGGUCGUUCGUGUGAUUUGUGAUAACUGCAAUAUGAAUUUUUGCCUUAAACACCGCCAUACUGUUGACCAUAAUUGUCAAGGCAAAAAGUCCUCAACAAAUCAGAAAAUUCUAAAUGCUGCCUUAGCAAGACAGGAAAAUAUGAAUGGGGCUGCUUACACUAAUGAAAUACAUGGAAAUAUGAGUGAAGAUGAGGCUUUAGCACGUGCUUUAGCGUUAUCUAUGCAAGAAACGUCGAAAAAGCAUGUGAGUCAGGAAGAUAUGGAUUUGGCUUUAGCUAGACAAUUACAAGCUUCAGAAUAUCAAGGGAAUAGGAAUAGGACAAACACUAGGGAUAGAUGUACUGUAGCAUAAUUAAAUUUUAUUCAUAUUUACACACUUCUAAUGUACCUUUUUCUAUUUUUAUUUCAAUAAAUUGCAACAAGUUUAA